UGAAUCAAUAAUUCUAAAACAACGAAAAACCCCAACAAUUAACAUUAUAGGCAUAACGCGACUGCGCAAUCUCGCGUUGAGAUUCAAGAGUAGCAUCAAUUUGGAGAACAACUGAGGCUAAUAUAAUUCGAUAAGCACAACACCCGCAUCCACCGAUGGCCUAUCGACAAGAGUAACCUUGCCAAUCGACUUGGGGAUUUCCCCUCUAUUCUGUUCCCUGUCGCCAACUGCCGAAACAAUUAGCAUAGUGUCUGCCAUGAGCUUUCAAAACCGGAUCGAUGGAUGGAUAGGAUAGCUCGAAGUGAAUGCCAGCCGACGCAGCAGUGUUGUUCGGACAGCAGACUGUUCAAGAUGCAGCUGUAAACCCAUUCCAAAAGGGAAUUGAUCAUGUCGCUUAAUUGCAACAGUCCUCGUCUGAAAAUCACUCGACAGCCGCAGUCUACUUACAACUUCCCUUACGAGAGCGAAGUCAAAAACGGCCGCGGAUUUCUCUACGCCGAUCCUGCUGAUGAAAAAAGAUGGAUCCGCGUCCAGUUGGAAAAUUGGGAGGGCGAAGAGGACGAGGUUUCCAUCAGAUGUUCACUCGUCACCGACAGCCCUGAUCGCUCACCGCACUUCCACCGCCUAGGAAUAAGGAAGACCAACCGAAUUCAAAUUCAAGAAUACCAAGACGGCGUAUUGUCGAAACGUGAUGACUGCAUAACUGCGACGUUUCCUGGCUUGUCAAUCGUCCGUACCAAAAUACCAAAUAGUGGCGACAAAGAGAUAAUUAAUAUGAUGUGGUUGAGGCGAGACUCGGUCAGAAUCAAGUUCGAGGCGUUUGUGUUUGACGAUGGGACGUCGUCUCGACAGCACAUCUGCAAUCCCGUCUACUCUCAACCUAUCGGCCCUUCAAUAAUCUAUAGCUCUGUUAUAUCAUGAAACAAUUAUCCAAUACAGACAAUUUGUCAAUAGUCAGUGAAAUAAAAAUGGUUUUGAAAAUCAAAGGCGAUCAAAAGUGUUCGCAUUGUUUUUCUGAGGCACAAAACAAGCCUGAUAUGCAAUCUUUCUAGAAAUGAGUUAUUUAAAAU